GAGUGGCCACAUAUGAAAAAACAUUCGUUGCUCAUUUGCGUUGUUCUUUGGUCGCUGCCGCAAUUCUGAUUUGUGCUAGUGGGCAAAAAAAAAAAAACAAAAGUUAAGCAAGUUAAUUUAAAAUAUUAUAAAUGGCUGUUAACUAGAAACCGGAAAAGCAACGAGUUCCACUGGCUGCGGCUGGAGCAAUUGUUGUUGUCGCUUUGGCAUACUUCUGGGCAACGUAUUGUCGCCGGCGACCGCAAGACUGGGCAAAAUUAUGAACUUGUGCUCCUCGGCUGGUGCAACCGCAUCGACUACAUCGCUAUCGUCCACAGGGCACGCGGAGAAUAACGGGAGCAGUCCCUCUGAGGUUACACAUUGUUUUGGCGGCGGCGGUGGUGGCGGCAGAGGAGGUGGGAAUAGAGGCGGCGGCGGCAGCAGCUGCGGAGCAGACACAGCGCCUACUAUUAGGAAUAGGAGCACAGUAAACGGUGCCGGUGGCAAUACAACAAACAGCAACGGACACAAUUCGACAUAUAACGAAAACAACGCAAACAUGCCGCCCGAGACGCGUCCCAAAAUGGUGACGGUCAAGCAUCCGGAAUCAAACAAGCCCAAGCCCACCACAAAAAAGAUUGUGAAAAAUAUUCAAGCGGAUCAAGAUGUUAUCAAGGCAUUGCAGCGUUGCCGCGACGAAGGCAUCAAGCUCUUGGACUUGAGCAAAUCGUCAAUAACUGUCCUUCCACCUACGGUCAGGGAGUGCGUCCAUCUCACCGAACUCUAUCUGUACAGCAACAAAAUUGGACAACUGCCUACGGAAAUUGGAUGCUUAGUUAAUUUGCGUAAUCUGGCCUUGAACGAGAACUCCUUGACAUCACUGCCUGACUCUUUAAGGCAUUGUACACAGCUCAAGGUGCUAGACUUACGCCACAACAAGCUGGCAGAAAUACCGCCAGUUAUUUAUCAGCUGCGCUCUUUGACAACCCUUUAUCUGCGCUUCAAUCGAAUCACUGCCGUGGCAGAUGAUCUGCGCCAGCUGGUCAACCUCACCAUGCUCAGUCUGCGCGAGAACAAAAUCAAGGAACUGGGCAGCGCGAUCGGGUCGCUGGUGAAUUUGACAACGCUGGAUGUGUCGCACAAUCAUUUGGAGCACUUGCCGGACGACAUAGGCAACUGUGUGAACCUAAAUGCGCUCGACUUGCAGCACAACGAGCUACUGGACAUACCGGACAGCAUUGGAAAUCUAAAGUCUCUAGUGCGUCUGGGCUUGCGCUACAAUCGACUAAACUGCGUGCCCGUUUCGUUGAAGAACUGCAAGAGCAUGGAUGAGUUUAACGUAGAGGGCAACGGCAUCACACUGCUGCCAGACGGCAUGCUUGCUAGUUUAAGCGCGUUGACCACAAUCACUUUGUCGCGUAAUCAGUUCACCAGCUAUCCAACUGGUGGGCCGGCGCAGUUUACCAAUGUCUAUAGCAUCAAUCUGGAGCACAAUCGUAUUGACAAGAUACCGUAUGGUAUAUUCUCGCGAGCCCAGGGGCUGACAAAGCUGAACAUGAAGGAGAACAUGCUAACUGCUUUGCCGCUGGAUGUGGGCACCUGGGUAAACAUGGUCGAGCUGAACUUGGCCACCAAUGCUUUGCAGAAGCUGCCCGAUGAUAUCAUGAAUCUGCAGAAUUUGGAAAUACUCAUACUGUCCAACAACAUGCUCAAGAAGAUACCAAAUACGAUUGGCAACUUGCGCAAAUUACGCAUUCUAGAUCUGGAGGAGAACCGCAUCGAAGUGUUACCACACGAGAUCGGUCUGCUGCAUGAGCUGCAGCGGCUGAUAUUGCAAACUAAUCAGAUAACCAUGCUGCCGCGUAGCAUUGGCCAUUUGAGCAAUCUAACGCAUCUUUCUGUUAGCGAAAACAAUCUACAAUUUUUGCCCGAAGAGAUUGGUUCACUGGAGAGCCUGGAGAACCUCUAUAUCAAUCAAAAUCCAGGCUUGGAGAAGCUACCAUUCGAAUUGGCGCUGUGUCAAAAUCUGAAGUAUUUGAACAUUGACAAAUGCCCGUUAGGCACUAUUCCACCCGAGAUCCAAGCUGGCGGCCCAUCGCUUGUGCUGCAAUGGCUCAAGAUGCACUCGCCCUAUCGGCAAAUGUGAGAUGUGGACGGCGUCUGGCGCACCGUCUACGUAGGCAGCGACUGUUAUUAUCAGUACGAACUGCAGACGGAGCAACAGACGCAGGCUAAGCAGGCAGGUCGAUCCAAUGAGCGAUCCAAUGAACGGCGCUAACGGUGCGAGCUUUGCUAAGUUUAGCAAUCUAUGUUACCCCAACCCUGUUCAUGCCUGUGGGCCAUACCUCUUCCCGGCAAAAAAAAAUAAAUUAAAUUAAAGAUAACCCCCGACUGGAGUGCGUUGCCUGGCAAAUGAUAGCUUUAAAAAUUGUUAUACCAACGUCCCGCGUAUUGUAAAACUGCCCCGAUUUGCUUUUACCUUAUGUUUAACUCUUAAGUUAACUUUCGAAAUCUGACUUGGUCCUCAACAUUUAGGUUUUAGUUGUAUGCUUCCAAGCUAGUCAUAAAAACUCACAAAAAAACGAAACUAAAUCUAAUUUAAGUUAGUUAAAGGAUUAUAUCAUUUCAUGUUCGUUUGGUUCGAUACUCGUUUAAAAACAUUAAGGAAACUAACUGUCAUAGAGGAAAGCUAAAUCGAAUGUUCAAAAACAUACAAAAUACGCAAGCGCCAUGGAAUUGUUUGAGAAAAAUGAAAGA